AUGUCCAACAACAGCCUCAGUCCCACACACGACAUCACUCGAGCCCAAACAAGGCUUGAACACGGCCAGAAGCGUACCGUACCUACGCAAGCGAGCGGCAACCCCGAGAGCCUAGUCAAGUGCGCAGCCACGUUGUGA